UUUGUGAACGGACAAGGAAGAAGUUUGUGACAUUCCCAUGCCUGAACAGAGGGCGAUAGAACUAGUGUAAAGGCAGACUUUUUCGACUGUGUAUAGUUACAAUAAUACACAGAGGCAGGAACAAUGGCAGUGGGUUUAAGCUGGAGGCUGCUUUCCAAUGUGCGGGGUAAACUGCUAGCCAGAGGCUGUGCUGGGGCUGACAGCAGAGCACCCUGUCUGUUACUUGCAAGGAACAUUCAGAGUGGCACUUGGUGGCAUGAACAUCUCUCAGAAGAAAAUAAGCAAUUUCUGAAGCAACUGACUGCAGAGGAAUACAAAGCACAGACAGAAAGCAAACUAUGCCCCUUGAAAGAUGAACCCUGGCCUAGAAAACCAUGGGAACCCGGUUCCAACAGAGUGGGUUUAAUAGCAGUGAAGUUGGGAAUGAUGCCAAUAUGGACUAAAUCUGGGGAAAAGCAUGCUGUCACCAUGUUACAAGUACAAGACUGCCAUGUUAUUAAAUACACACCAAAGGAGGAAAACAAUGGAAAAAGUGCGACUUUAACCGUGGGAGGAAAAAAUGCAUCUCCAUUUAGCAAAACAGAAUCAACAUUGGAAAAAUAUCGUGAAGCUGGAGUGCCACCCAAGCAGAAACUUAGUGUAUUCAAAGUUUCUGAUAAUGCAAUCAUCAAACCAGGAACACCUCUUUAUGCUGCUCAUUUUCGACCAGGGCAGCUUGUGGAUGUCACUGCAAAAACGAUUGGAAAAGGUUUUCAAGGUGUGAUGAAAAGAUGGGGUUACCAUGGCCAGCCAGCUUCUCAUGGACAAACUAAAACACACAGGAGACCUGGAGCUAUAGCUGGUGGUGAUCCUGCACGAGUUUUUCCUGGGACGAAAAUGGCAGGAAGGAUGGGAAAUGUUUACAGAACAGCUCAUUGCCUCAAGGUGUGGAGGGUGAAUACUAAAUUCAACAUCAUUUAUGUGAAUGGUUCUGUUCCUGGGCAUUCCAACUGUUUAGUAAAGAUCACGGACACAAAAGUGGAAGUUAAAAAAAACAAAGAAGACCAACUGCCCUUCCCUACAUAUUUUGCUGAUGGAGAUGAGAAUUUGCCAGAAGACCUUUAUGAUGAGGAAAUAUUCCAGUUCACUGAACCCUCUGUCAAAUACUCUUAGGUUUAUUGACAUCUUCAACGCAUAGGUGCUGUCAUCAGAUCAUCACACUGGCUGUUUUAAGCUAGGGAUUGUUGCCUUUUUUUUUUUUUUUCUUCUUUACAUUUUUCAAAGGCAAAUGUCAUGACAACAUUUUCUAAUAUGAAGAGACCAGCAGUCGUAUCCUGGAUUAAAGAUUUAAAAGUGAAACAUAAGACAAGCAUGGAAUGAUAGGCAGGAUUCAAAGUGAAACUGCUAGGAAAAUCAGCAGAAGAGAAAUGUCUGCUCUAAACAUUGAUGUGCCUCCUCCGCAACUGAGAAACCACAGUUCAUUUGUUGUUGAGAAUGCUGCAUGCAAGUGUAUUACAUUAAUGUAUACGCAAUAAUACAAAUCAAAAUGAAACCACAAAUAUAUUUAAGGUGAACACAAGUGGACUAAAUGUCUUCCAUGUGCAUUUAGCUAAAGACCUAGGUUUGACAUUUAAAGGUUUAUUCAUUAAAUUGUGGAUUGUCAAAAAUGUCAAAUUGUAGACAAAAAAAACC